AUGUCCAAGAAGGAUGUGGCGUGUUUCUGGAUCGUACUGCUCCUGUGCCAAGAGCUACGGACCGACCCGAUCGCAGAGAUGGGACCAUCCUCUGGCAUCCUGAUUCAAGAGACACCAGGGUUCAUCUUGACAGAGAAGAGGAUCCUGACCCGACGUGUGUUCGUCAGCUUGGACCCCAAGAUUUCCAUCGAGAAGGCAUACAACAUUUCAUCGAUGCAGCUUCCUGAGUUACAGAAUUGGUACCAGAUGCACCUCCAAAGAGCACAGGACCGUGUGCGAAUCAUCUUGGAGCAAGCCCGGGAACCAUUUGUAUCCAGUUCUAUUCCGAUGAGCAACCGACCCAAAAGGUUCCUCACCGCUAUAAUUGUUGCAUUAGUUUGUGCCACUGUCGGUGCAGUUGUCGCAACUGGAAUGUCUGCAGCCAACUCUAUUACUGUCCAAAAGCUGGAUAUGGAAAUCUAUGCGCUAAAGCAACACAUUAAUGAUAUUCAUCAGAUGAUACAACAGCAAAGAACACUUCUCCAAGACGUGUUAACUAUUGUGGAAGACACAGUUGUUACAACAAAUUUGCAUUCGGAGUUAAUUGCCAAAUCCACUGAGUUGCACCAAAGUCAUGACUUAUUUAAGCGUGAACUUCUAUUUUCAUGA